AUGACCUCAGUCAGACGCAUAACAGACGAUUUGGAGAAACCAGACCUUGACGACAGAUCCUACCGAGUCAUCGAGCUUCCUAACAAGCUCGAGGCCCUGCUUGUUCACGAUGCACAGACCGACAAAGCCAGCGCAAGUCUCAACGUCAAUGUUGGGAACUUCUCAGAUGAAGAGGCCAUGCCGGGUAUGGCUCAUGCCGUUGAGCAUCUACUCUUCAUGGGCACCGAGAAAUACCCCAUAGAAAACGAAUACAGUUCCUAUCUCUCCUCGAACUCCGGGCAUUCAAAUGCAUACACAGCAGCUACGCAGACAAAUUACUUCUUUGAAUGUGCCGCCCAGCACGAGUCGAACGACAAGCUUACCAAUGGUCUCACCAAUGGCGUGGCGAAUGGUACUACCGAAAUCACAAUGAAUGGUUCGUCGAGAGGUCCUCUUUACGGCGCAUUGGACCGAUUUGCACAAUUCUUCGUAAAGCCACUAUUUCUGGAGAACACUUUGGACAGGGAGCUGAGAGCAGUGGACUCGGAGAACAAGAAGAACCUACAAAGUGACGGAUGGCGGCUAUCGCAAUUGACAAAAUCGCUCUCAAAUCCUAAACAUCCAUUCCAUCAUUUUUCCACGGGCAAUCUUCAAACCUUGAGGGAUGAGCCUGAAAAACGAGGAGUGAAGAUCCGUGAUGAAUUCAUCCGCUUCUAUGAACGGCAUUACUCCGCAAACAGGAUGAAGCUCGUCGUUCUGGGUCGUGAGUCCCUCGAUGAACUAGAAGGCUGGGUCGUGCAGCUCUUUUCCGAAGUCAAGAAUAAAGACUUACCUCCGAACCGCUGGGAUGAUGUUGAGAUGCUGAGCAAAGACCAAUUGUCGAUCGAAAUCUAUGCAAAGCCGGUCAUGGAGUCACGUUCUUUGGAGAUAAGUUUCCCUUGGCAAGAUGAAGAAGACAUGUUCGAGACCCAGCCUGCCCGGUACAUCAGUCAUUUGAUUGGACACGAAGGUCCUGGCAGCAUAUUGGCUUAUCUCAAAGAGAGAGGUCUGGCUCAAACCCUAUCCGCUGGCUAUCAUCCUGUUUGCCCAGGCUCUGCCUUCUUUGAGAUCGAGAUCGGGUUGACACCUGACGGGCUGAAAAACUACCAUGAGAUUGUCAAGAUUGUCUUCCAGUACAUUGGGAUGAUGAAGGGGACCCCACCGGUUGAAUGGAUGCACGAGGAGAUGAAAAACAUGGCGGAGGUGGAUUUCAGGUUCCGUCAGAAGUCUCCUGCAAGCCGAUUUACAAGCGCCACAAGCUGCGUGUUGCAGAAGCCUGGACUACCCCGCAACUGGCUGCUCAGCAGUACCAGCAAGUUCAGAAAGUUCGACGCUCAAGCCAUUGCACAAGCAAUGCAAUACCUGCGCGAGGACAAUUUCAGACUCAUGCUUGUGUCUCAGGAAUACCCCGGUGACUGGAACCAGAAAGAGAAAUGGUACGGGACAGAGUACAAAGUCGAAAGGAUACCCACAGACGUUCUCUCCGAUGUCCGAAAGGCAUUGUCUGAUCUGGAGUCAGACAGGAUAGCGGAACUACAUCUGCCUCACAAGAACGAAUUCAUCCCUACGAAGUUAGAUGUGGAAAAGGUGGACGUCAAGGUACCCGCAAAGGCACCAAAAUUACUUCGAAAUGAUGACAACGUCCGCCUAUGGUGGAAAAAGGAUGACACCUUCUGGGUGCCCAAGGCCAACUUGUACAUCAAAAUUCGAAACAGCGUUACUACUGCGAAUGCUGCGAACUACGUCAAGACGAACCUCUUCAUCAACCUUGUCAAGGAUGCUCUGUCAAGUUACUCUUAUGACGCCGAGAUUUCUGGCCUCUCUUAUGCUAUCGGAGCAAACACGCUUGGCUUUGACAUUAGCGCGCAUGGUUACAACGACAAGAUGGCAGUCCUCUUGGAGAAGAUCUUGGCUACGAUCCGAACCAUUGACAUCAGAACGGAUCGAUUUGAGAUUAUCAAAGAGCGCAUGGCCAGGAAAUAUAAGAAUUGGGCCUAUCAGCAGCCGUAUUAUCAGAUUGGCGACUACACCAGAUGGCUGUUGAAUGAGCGCUCGUGGAUGAACGACUCCUACGCCAAGGAACUGCCGCAUAUCACAGUAGACGAUAUCAGAACAUUUGUUCCAGAAUUGCUCCAACAGGCACAUAUUGAGGUGCUGGCACAUGGAAAUCUGUACAAAGAAGAAGCCAAGAAAAUUGGCAAUCUGAUCGAGUCAACACUGAAAUCACGUGCAUUUCCUCCAUCGGAAUGGUUGUUGCGAAGAAAUGUCAUCCUACCGGAAGCAAGCAAUUUCGUUUACAAACAGGUGUUGAGCGAUCCCGCCAAUAUCAACCAUGCAAUCGAAUAUUAUCUGGACAUCGGCCAUGUCAUGGACCUAGAUCUGCGAGCGAAAGCGCAGCUAUUCAGUCAGAUGACGGAUGAACCCGCUUUCGAUCAACUGAGAACCAAGGAACAGCUUGGAUACGUCGUAUGGAGUGGGAUACGACCUGCAGCCGUCACGAUGGGCUAUAGGGUACUGAUUCAGAGCGAGCGAGAUCCGGAAUACCUCGAAACGCGGAUCAAUGCCUUCUUGCUUAAGUUCAAGUCGGAUCUAGAGUCGAUGUCCGACGAAGAAUUUGAGGGCCACAAACGCAGCCUUGUUAACAAACGAUUGGAAAAGCUCAAAAACCUCGACUUUGAGACAGGCCGUCUGUGGGCGUACAUCAGCGGAGAAUAUCUCAAUUUCUACCAAGUUGAUCGAGACGUCGCGGUUAUUCGACAGCUCACCAAGGAUGACAUGAGGCAAUUCUAUGCGCAGUAUAUUGAUCCAGAGUCGCCCAUGCGGAGAAAGUUGUCGAUUCAUCUCGAGGCCCAAGCUUCAAGCACGAUGCCAGAGAUUUCGCCAGCGGAACAGAAGGGCCAGUUUGUGGGGCUAAUUGGGCAAGCGCUGCGAUCUCUGGGCAUUGAGGUUGACGAACCCAAAUUGAACCUUCAAUUUGAGAAAGUUGACCAUGCAAGCUUACCCCAAGUCUCGAAUGCCCUUAGUGAAUACGUCGGGAAUUCGGUCCCGCCGUCGAAGACCGACGAAGUUCUUGGACAGAUGAGAGCAGCUAUCCCACAAAUGCAAACUGCACUGAAGAUCAAACCGGUCGAGUCGCCAAAGAACAUUGUUCAGGUGGCUGCACAAAUACCGACUCCUGUCAUUAUCAAAGAUGUCGCUAUGUGGCGAGCUGGCCUGGAGGUGACCAAGGGACCUGUCCCCGUUGAAGACUUGCAGGCCUUUGAGGACCUUGAGUCAAAACUGUGA